CUCAGCUGCAGUGGAGCUGCAGCAGCUCCUGCUCUGUGCCUUUAUUUAUCUUUACGGCACAUUGUAUACUUAGCGUGAGGAGCAUGGAUAAAGUAAAAAAAACGUCUCUGUUUUUAGUUCGAUAUUGUCGCCGUUCUUUCCUUUGCCCAAUGUGUUAGCUAAAUUAAGCCACUCAAGCUAGCUAGAAUGCUACAUGACUUUUUUUCUCCACACGAAGAAGAGGAGGGAGGACACCUUUAAUGAAUCCUGAUGGCUUCAUCUUCUGCAGUUGUGAAAGCAACAUGGCGUGAGGGGGACAGUUGUUUGGCUCCUGACCCGAGAGAUGGCACCCUGCGAGAGGCCACAAUUAAGAGACUGACCUCCAUCUCUAAUACUAAUGAUACUACAGCAUGGGUGCAAUUCACUCACCUUGAAAAAGAUGCAGAAGAAAAAGAAGAGGAGGAAGCUGUACCUGUCUCAAAACUCAUGAGACCAGAGUUGAAUCACUUCCUCCAGGAGAAACCUAUGUUUCCCUGCAUCGCUGCAGACACCAAGCUUUGUGUCCCCUUAGAGUUGAGUGAUGUUAAUGGAGAUAGUGUCCCCUACACCAUCAACAGAUACCUGAGAGAUUACCAGAGAGAAGGUAUCAGGUUCAUUUACAAAAACUACAUCGGUUCCAGAGGUUGUAUCCUGGGGGAUGACAUGGGCUUGGGAAAAACCGUACAGGUCAUUGGUUUCCUUGCUGCUGUAUUACACAAAACAGGCACAUGGGAGGACAUCGAGAAAAACAGGCCUCAGUUUCUGCUGAGUCAGAUGCCUUCCAAGCAAAGUAAACCCAACAAAGUAUUCCUCAUUGUGGCCCCGCUCUCAGUGCUUUAUAACUGGAAAGAUGAACUGGACACAUGGGGUCACUUCCAAUGUGUGGUGGUCCACGGGCUGAGGAAAGAGGAGGAGCUGGCUCGCAUCAAGAAGGGACGAAUUGAGAUCGCGCUUACUACCUACGAGACUCUGCGCCUUUGUCUUGAUCAGUUUAAUAAUAUAGACUGGUCUGCUGUGGUUGUGGAUGAGGCCCACAAGCUAAAAAAUCCAAACUCUCAGAUCACUCAGGCCAUGAAGGAUCUGAAAUGCAAGAUCAGAGUUGGCCUCACUGGCACCAUCUUACAGAACAACCUUGAGGAGCUGUGGUGCGUCAUGGACUGGGCCAUACCUGGUUGUCUUGGCAACUUAGGAAAUUUCAAGAACAACUUUUCGGAUCCGAUAGAGCAAGGGCAGAGGCACAGCGCAACCAAACGUGCCUUAGCUACCGCAAGGAAGACUGUCAGAGCUCUGGUGAGGAAGAUCUCCCAUUUGUUCCUCAGAAGAACUAAAGCUCUCAUCAAGGAACAACUGCCUAAGAAGGAUGACAGGGUGGUGUAUUGCUCCCUGACAGACUUUCAGCAGACUGUGUAUCAGACGGUGUUGGACUCUGAAGAUGUGACGUUAAUUCUGAAGUCUUCAGAGAAAUGUGACUGUCAAAGUGGACGCACCCGCGGACGCUGCUGCUAUAAAACAAAUUCAGAAGGUGUGGAAAUUAAGAGUCUAUACUUUAGUUACUUGGCAAUAUUGAGGAAGAUUGCAAACCAUGCAGCACUGCUUCAGUCUACCGCAGGAACCAGUAAGAAACAGGAAAAGUAUGUGGGGCGCAUAUGUGCAAAGGUAUUCCAAAAGUUCCCAGACUUUGUGCAGAGAUGCAAAGACGAAGCAUUUGAGGCCUUGUCAGACCCGCUGUACAGUGGGAAAAUGAUGGUUUUGCAGAAGCUGAUGAAGCAUUACUUGCAAAGGAGAGAUAAAAUACUUAUUUUUUCUCUCUCAACCAAGCUGUUAGAUGUGCUGGAGAGCUACUGCAUGGCCGAGGGGCUCGACUACAUCAGGCUGGACGGAACCACCAAAGCCAAAGAGAGAGUCCAGAUUGUCAAAGAGUUCAACAUCUCUCCUCACAUCAACCUCUGCCUGGUUUCCACCAUGGCGGGUGGUCUUGGUCUGAACUUCGUAGGGGCCAAUGUGGUUGUACUCUUUGACCCUACUUGGAACCCAGCCAAUGACCUCCAAGCUAUUGACAGGGCAUAUCGAAUUGGCCAGUGCAGAGAUGUGACUGUUCUUAGGCUGAUCUCAUUGGGCACCGUAGAAGAGGUUAUCUACCUCAGACAAAUUUACAAACAGCAACUUCAGUCCUCCGUUGUCGGCAAGGAGAGUGCGCGGCGGUACUUUGAGGCAGUGCAGGGGCAUGGUGUCCAUAAGGGGGAGCUGUUUGGGAUCAAAAACCUCUUCAGGCUGCAGACCCUAGGGUCAUGCCUCACCCGCGAGAUACUAGAGCGAGAAGGACAAGUUGAGGCCGGCGUAAUGACAAGCAGCACAUACACGGCUGAAGAGAAGGAGGAGGGGACGGAGGGAGUUAGCAAACCUGGCGAUUCCCCACCUGCAGAUGACCCUGUACCGAAUAAUGAACCAGCCCAGGAGAACAGAGGUGCAUCAAAGGUCCAAAAAGGGGUGCUGGACUUCAGCAGUGGAAGUGAAGAGGAUGAUGAAGAACAGGGUCUUAAGAGAAAGGGGUCAAAGCCCGGUGCAGCGGAUGGCAACAGUGCUGCUGCUGGUCCUGGUCGAGUUAGUCUCCUUCAGCACGGUUUCUCCAGGCUCCUCGAAAGGGUCAAAGGGAAACCAGAGUUAGCAGAAGGGGACAGUAGUCCAGGUAUCGAAGAAAGCCCCUCUGAGGAAGAGACUGUGGAUCAAAAUAUGGAGGGUGCCUCCUCUGGUAUUUGCAAAAGCUCUGAUGCAGGAAAUGCAUCAGUCGGUCCCCCUAAAUUGGGGACGAAAACCUGGGGUUCAGACAUAGAAGACAGUGAGAAUGGAGAUAGUGGCAAAGAAGAGAGGGUCUCAUUGUUUAAACAGAGUGAUGAUAAUGUAAGGAAGAGAUGGGGCCUGAAAGGGGGGACAAAUAAAAACAUUACUGUUGAUGAGGAGAGUGAUGGAAAUCCCUCACCUGACAAAAAGAAACCUAACAAGCUCAAAACUUCAGUUCCAAAAGUGCGCCGCUUUAAGGGUUACUCAGAUGAAUCAGAGGAUUUGGACAUAGAGGCAAAGACCUGUCCCAAGAGGAGCACUUUAAAUUCACAUGGUAGAGGAAGUUGCAGAAGUAGUGUUCGGGACAAGGCCAGAUCCAAAUACACAAAGGACAUAGAGACAUUCACAUCUUCAGAAGAGGAAAACACUCCUGUUAAGAAAGGGAGAUCUCCAGGAUGUCCCUCAACAUCUCCACAAAUAGAAAGGUCCAGGUUUGAGUUGACAAAAGAUGGGCAAAGAGCUGCAACCACCAGGACAGAGAGACGAGCAGGCAUGCCCAAAGCUGUUUCAUUUACGAAUCUGAAAUGUCAGACAUCCCCGGCAUCCAAAGGAAAGGAUAUAACUAUUGACAGUGUGCUAGGUGGUGUACACGAGGUGUUAUACACCCACUCUAACCAGCGCGUUGUGGGCGGGAGCAAAGCAGAGGAGCGGAUGAGUCGAGCCGCAGUACGAGACGUGUUUGAGCGCAAGAUGUACUCUCAGCUCCCGGCCAAUCACCUUCUAGGCACACAGGAGAGUCUGUCAUCGAGCCCGCCAGACAGUCCGCCCUGCCCCUCUGCUGUCAGACUGGAGAGGCCCAGUGUGGACCAUCCAGUCAGCUUUGCCAACAAGAGUGUGCACCAAACCAAAAACACGACCUUCAUCAUUGGAGAGACUCCUCAAGCCAUAUGCAGGCAGCAGCUCGAGGAAAUGGCAGAACAGUUGAAGUUUCCCUCAGUCCAUCAGUUUGCACUUGAGAUUCUGAGGAAAAACUCGACCCAGAGACUGGCGUGGCUACGACAAUAUUACACAUCACUAAACAACCCUGACCUUGACAAAACGGUGACAAACAAUUUCCCAGAAUCUGAUUCAGCACAGACCUCCUUUUCAACCACUACCUCCACAACAUCUACCAGAACAUCCCCAAAAUCUCAAACACAUACCCGAACCCCACAAAAGGAUGUUCCAAAAGCCAAAAGGAAGCCGAAAUACUCUCAGAAUAAUCCUGAACCUAAAAUGAUGCCUGAAACCCAACAAAACAAUGUUUCUGUGCAGCAGAAAAAGUCUAGACGCCCACAAAAUGAUGUUCCUGUUCCCCAGACAAAGCAUAGAAACCUGCAAAAUAAUGUUCUACCGCCACUAAAAAAGCAAAAUAUCCCACACAAGAAUGCCCUAGAACCUCUAAGUGAUGUUCCAAGCCUUGAGUCAGACGAGCAGGAGGAGACGGUCUGCAGUGCCAGAGGACAUAAGAGGACAAAGAUGAAUAGUGUUUCUGGUUCUGGAGCCUUCGGUGGUCUUGGCUUGGAUCAGGCCAGCAGCAGUGGUCUGACAUCUGGGGAGGUUGCUGCUUUCCCGACAAGCACCAACAGAGAUAUUCCUUCUUCUCAGGACCUCCGCCAUGGCAGCUCCACCACAUUAUCCAAACCCACAGCAAAGGAAGGGCAGAAACUGUCUUUCAGGAGCAGUGAAACUCUUCAAGGCCAGAGAACAAAUCCUCUGACCUCUUCUCCCCCUGAGCAGGCCACAUCUUCUUCCAGUCAUCGUUCCCUCCUUAAAGAUCUGAUAGGAGACACCUCAAUUCUGGAUGACCUGCUAAAACCCAAACCCAAGGGAGUCAAACAGAGCCCGAAGACAGCUCCUGCACUGUCCAACGUGUCAGUGGACGCAUGUCUUACCACGCCUUCUUCAUCCAAAAUCACUCUUAAUACUGAUUCUGGUGCAGUCAUAGACUCGCUGUCCUCUCCAAACAAGCCCCCUACACAUCAGGUGGUUUCAAAGGGCAGUCGCAAAGAUUUUUGGGACAUCCUGAAUGAAGGUAAUGAGGAGAGCAUCAACAGGUUAACAGACCCGGCAGAAGUACAGAGGGUUUGCAUCAACACUCGUAUUGCAGCUAGAGGUAGGUCAGGAAAAGAGGAGAGGGAGAGUCUCUGGAAGACUAAUGACAAGUUCCUGUGGAAGAAAUGAUGCAAGAGAGACAAUUAGUUACAUUUGGUACUUUUUUUAACUUUUGCAGUUCUGAAGAAGAUUCAUAAAAAUGUCCCCGUUGAUUAUUUAAAGCAGAUUUUCCUACCUCAGACUUUCUCAAGUUUGUAUUUUAUUACUUUUGCCCUAUUCUUUUAUUCUUUUAAAGAGUGUUUUAGUUUUUUAGUGUCAACAUUUGAAGAUCUUUAGCGUUCAUUGAAUUAGCGAGUAAUCAUAUUGCUGACUGUUACUUGGUUAAACAGAGUGUUGAUCACUUUGAGAAUUAAAACCUUUUCUAAAUUGUAUGGAAGUUAUUGCCCUGUAAAUUGUUUUAUUUCAUAGGCAUUUACUAUGUACUGUAUAUAACAUUGAGCCAAAAGGGAAACACACAUUUCCAAAUUGAUGUCUUCAAAUAUUUUUUUAUUCUUAGAGAUCCCAAAGACAAAACAUAACAUUCUCGCACUUCAGAAGCUUUCAAAUACUAUUAAAGUUAUCAAAUGUU